AUAAGUAUCAUUGCUGUAAUGCUGUCAUAAGACAUAAAUCGUGGCCGACCAGCAUUAUUUAAAAUAUAUUCAUUAUUCAGAUAGGUAGGUAAAUUAUCUUUGUGAGCGAUUACUUCUAUAAUAAUAAUUAUUUUAUUAUUUUAUCACUCGUAUUUCGUUGGUUAUCGUAAUAAUUUAUGUAGCACAUAUAGGUACCUUACAUAGAAAGUAACAACUAUUGUAGCAACGAAUUAAAAAUAACCAACAGUUCUUCAUAGAGGAUUGACAAUAAAAUAAAGGUUGUAUUUGUAUUUUUAAAAUGUUAUUUAGGUACCUUCUUACUUUUAGUAAUGUUUAAACUUAAUAUUAAUGUUCAGUGUAUAAUUUAAUAUAAAUUUUAAUACCAUUAACAGACAUCAGUUGAAAAACAAUUUGGUAGCUUAUUUUUGUAGGUGCUUAAAAUCUAUUGAAAAAUGCCAAAACGCUAUUUCGACAAUGUAUUUCCUGAUGGUCAGGAAGUUGAUUCAAAUAUGUCUUAUGAUUUUUUGAAACAAAGUGUGUACAGUCUAAUGGAAGAUGUUAGUCGAAAUGCUUCAUUGUCGCUUGAUAAUGACUUGUAUAUUGGAACAACAGGAAUAGCAUAUAUGUAUUAUCAUUUAGCUACAUCGGAAGGGUUUAAAAACGAUUCUCCUGCCUUAUUGAAUAAAGCAGUUGAAGUAUCAAGACUAAUGCAGCACAAUUCAUCUGAAAAAUCUUCACAUCAAUUCAUUUGUGGUGAUGCUGGAGUUAAUGCUGUAUAUGCUGCAAUAUUUCACAAAAUUGGUGAUGAAAAAACAGCAGAAAUUUAUUUAGAAAACUUUAAAAAAGGAUUAGCUGUUUGUAAGCCAAUCAAUUUUUUUAAACCAGGAGGAGACGAACUAUUCGUUGGUCGUACCGGUUAUCUUUUUGGACUUUUAUGGUUAGAAAAAGUUUUUGAUAGGAAAAUAAUAGCUGACCAAGACAUUAUUCAACUUUGUUUAACAAUUGUGGAAUCUGGACGUAAUUAUUCUAAAAAAAAUAAAAGUAUAUUUCCUCUCAUGUACUCAUAUUACAAUACAGAAUAUUUAGGAGCAGCUCAUGGUCUAUGUACAAUACUACAAGUACUAAUUUCAUUUCCUUGUUUUAUUAAAAAUGAACAAAACGCUAUGCAAGAUAUUAAAAAAUGUAUAGACAUACUGAUAUCAUUACAAACAACUAGUGGUAAUUUUCCUUGUGCAAUGGACGAAUUAGGUUCAAGAAAAAGACCUGAAAAAGAUGAACUGGUUCAUUGGUGUCAUGGAGCUCCAGGUGUUGUAUACUUAUUAGCUAAAGCAUAUUUAGUUUUUAAAGAACCUUCUUAUUUGGAAUGUUGUUUAAAAUGUGGAGAUUUGGUAUGGGCAAAAGGACUUUUAAAAAAAGGCCCUGGUUUGUGCCACGGAAUAGCUGGAAAUGGAUACGUUUUUCUACUAUUAUAUAGGUUGACCGGUGAUACAAAACAUUUAAACCGAGCUGUACAAUUUGGUAAAUUUGUAUUCACUGAUGAAUGUAUUCAAGGAUCUAGAAGACCAGACAAUUUGUAUAGUUUAUAUGAAGGAUUAGCUGGCACUGUGUGUUAUUUAAGUGAUUUAAUUCAACCAGAUAAAGCUAGUUUUCCAUUUCUAGAUGUAUUCUAAUUAAACUUUUUUUAUAUCAAACAAAUAUUAAAUUUGACUUAUGUACAUAACAUGUGUAAUUUAUUUCAUUAAAUCUUAUGUUCAAAGCUACUA